AUGGCGGAGAGACGCGCGAUAGAGAUGACGGAGUUGGCGGAGAGAAGCGCGGCGAGGAGGAACAGCAGAAUGAAGCGCCGGGUGACGUGCGGACUCCGGCGGAACUAUCGUCUAAAAACCUUAUCCACUCCCAUGCUUUCUCCUCCCCCCUCUGCGUGCGUCUGUGUGUGGGUGCCUCUGAACCUGCCUGCUCGUGCGUCUGUCCGUGCCCGUGUGCGUGCGUGCCCGUGUGUGUGCGUGCCCGUGUGCGUGCGUGCCCGUGUGUGUGCGUGCCCGUGUGCGUGCGUGCCCGUGUGUGUGCGUGCCCGUGUGCGUGCGUGCCCGUGUGUGUGCGUGCCCGUGUGCGUGCGUGCCCGUGUGUGUGCGUGCCCGUGUGUGUGCGUGCCCGUGUGCGUGCGUGCCCGUGUGUGUGCGUGCCCGUGUGCGUGCGUGCCCGUGUGUGUGCGUGCCCGUGUGUGUGCGUGCCCGUGUGCGUGCGUGCCCGUGUGUGUGCGUGCCCGUGUGCGUGCGUGCCCGUGUGUGUGCGUGCCCGUGUGUGUGCGUGCCCGUGUGUGUGCGUGCCCGUGUGUGUGCGUGCCCGUGUGUGUGCGUGCCCGUGUGUGUGCGUGCCCUUGCGGUCCGCAGCGCUACACGGAGGCCCUGGAAGCGACGCGCAGGCGAAACCGGUCGGACGUGGCUGUAGCGAGUGUGCUUGAGACGGAAGCGCGGCAGUGGAGGCAACGAACCUACCAGCAGCGAGGAUUCCUCUACGAGUUCAGCGCCUACCGCAUCAGCCCCUCUCGCUUCGUCGUACUCGGUAUAAGCAGCCUCAAUUUCUUGUGGGUGUCGGAGGGGGAGGGCUGCCGAUGGGUGGGGCGAGAUGGCAGCAGAGUGAACGGUUCAAUGUGGUACAGAGACUUCAUGCGCCCCAAAACUAAGACCGACCCAACUGACUCGCUAGCAGCGUUCUGCCAGCUGUGGGGCAACACGUCCCAGGCAGGCGGCUAUCUGGUGAUGACCAUGGACGGUGUGGAGUCUGCUGUCUUUAACGAGCAGCCGGGGCAGCCUCUAGAGCCGCCUCCGGAGGCCUCUCUCCCCAUGCACCUCACGUGGUGCUCCCAGCCGCUCUACGGCACGUUGGACGCGGGGCCGGUGUGGGCAUGGGCGGAGUAUCACCGUGUUUAUGCCAACGUCUCCCGCUUCUUAUUCUACGACAUGGCUGCCUGGUCGCCGGGCCUCACGGCGCUCUUCGCGCCGUACUUUGCUGCGGGCAUGGCGGCCGUUACGGACAUGUCGGGAGGGCGGCGGUUCGGGUUUCACGCGGGGGAGGGGGCACUGAGCUUUAUCACCAAACACCAGACCCUUGCAGGCAACGACUGCAUACACCGGUCGCUCUUCACAUCCCGCUGGGUCACUCUCCACGACACAGACGAGUACCUCUCGCCCGUGCCGCCGCAUUCCCUGCACGUGCUGCUCGCCGCGCACGCCCACGCCCCCUGGCUCUCCCACGGGGCACUCGUGGUCGAACCCUCCGUGUGCCAAGGGGAGGCGCAGGUGGUGCCUGGAACUGCUGUGCUGCAGACUGCUGGUGGUCUUGCUGCGGCGGCUGGUGGGGCUUCUGAGACGAGCAACAGGAGCCUGGAACCAGCACUUUUUGAGGCGCCUCAAAAGACGAGUAACAGGAGCCUGGAACCAGCACCGGGCACAGCAGGGAACGGCACGCAGGAUGGUGAGAUGCAGUGGGAUGAAGCUGCAGUGGAGGAGGCGAAGAGGCGUGCCGUUGAGCUGCUGUCUAGACUGGUGUUCCGACGGCCUGACGUGUGGUGUGUGCGCGGCGGCGCGGAGGAGCAGCGGAUCGAGUCAGACCUGUGUGGGAACUGGCGGGGCCAUCGGAAACUCAUUCUCAACCCGCGCAAGACCGAGGUGGUGUCUAUCCACGAGGCCCGAGAGCCACAGAAGGGCGGCGUGGUGCUGAACGCAGCAACGGAGCUGCGCCACUUCCAUUUGUCUGGCGUGGUCAACCCAGUCAACGUGCGCUGCCAAACCCUCGUGCCGCCUGGGGAGGACCACGUGUGGUUUGUGCGGGACACCACCAUUGCUGACCAGAUACGGUUACUAGGCAAUGCCUCAGCCCCUCAGCCCGAACCAUAA